CAUUUCUAACGCGGAAAGAACCGGGAUAGCGUUCGUGCAACUGAGCUUCAGAAUUAAUACAGACGCUGCAGCCAUUCUUUCCGCUGCAAUUCUUUACGGGGGGGGGGGGGGGGGGGUUAAUAUCUAAUUAAAAGUUGCCAGUAGAACAAACAGCUGGCCACACGAACGUCAGCCGCGGAGCUUGCCAGCCCGGAGGAGGCGGCAGGGCUCUAGGGCCGGACGGCUGUAACCCCGGCCACGGCGGCGACAGCCCGGCUCAACGCGGUGCCCCCUGCUUGGCUACCAACCCCCAGCUCAGCGCUGGCUCAGCUUCCUCAUGCUAAAAUUCCGAGGACAUUUUGUUUCUUAAAUUGCUUUCUAGGCUUUAUCUGCGCGUGUGUAUGUAUCUAUACGCGGACAGAAACAACUAAUCUCCCAGCUGAAGAGGAAGGCCCUGUACGUCGCCGGUGCAUUGCAUCAGGAGCGAUUAAAGAUGUUUCUCACUUUUGCCCGAACCCCUUCUGUUCGGGACCCCUCUGCUCGCGGAGGGACGGCGCUGAACGCAUCGGGCGCGAGCCCGUCCCGAGGGACACCGCACCGCCCGGCCGCGGCUCCGGUGACGGCCCUGCGGCUGGCACCGCCCCCCCGCCGGGCCCUUCCUCCAACUGCGGGCCGCCUACGUAGAGGUCGCGACGCGCUCGCGAGCGGCGUUACAUAGCAACCCGGUGCGUUCUGGCGCCGCUGCGGCCGUUAACGGCGUUGGCGCGGGCGGAGAGGCGGCUGCCGGGCCGGAGACGGGCGAUGUGAAUGGAGUCUCAGUAUCUGAAGAGAUGCCUGGGAAGUUGCUUGAAAAAGGGACUGGCAGAAGUUGUAGAGCAUCGGCCAGCAGAUCCAAUAGAGUAUUUGGCACAUUGGAUUUACAAUUACAGAAGAAUCUUAGAUGAAGAAAAAAAGAGAAUGUUGGAAAGGACUGAGCUUGAACAAGAACGGGAGGCAGCCCUGGUAGAACUUGAAAUGUUAAGAAAAAUGAAGGAAGAAGAGCUAAUGAUCCAGCAGAAACUUGAAGAGCAACGUCAGGGUCAGUUGGAACAAGAACAUGAAAAGUUGGAAGUGCAGAGUGAAGACAACGAAAUGCUGUUACAACGGAAAGAUCAAGAGGAAAAUGAAAAGACAAUAGCUGAACUUACAGAUAGACCUGGAGCGCCUAAUUUGACCAGAGUUGAGGAGCUAGAUGAGAGUGGACAGUCUGAGAGUAUAGCAGAUCUCAUGGAAGAAGCAGAACAAUAAAGUUCCCAAUGGUUCUGAAAGCAGUAAAUAUAUUUUCUACUCAUGACUUGCUGAUCCUGAAGUGUAAUAUCUUAAUUUAUGUAUUUUACACAUAGAACUGAUUUACAUACCCAUUGUUUGAGUUUCUGUGCUUCCUGGGUAUUUAUAUAAAGUCUGUUAAUCCUGGUAUGUCAUGCUUCCUUUUUGUUCAUGAACAAUUGUAGCUAGCGUGACUGACUCAGAUGAUGAAAUCUGCAAUUAAACUUAAAGCAGUAAAUAUAUUUUCUAAUUAUUGCCCAUUGAUUCUUGAAGUGUAACUGUAAUAAUUACAGAUAUAAUUAAUGAAUCAAGAUUAGUUUGGAGUAGAGGCUGCAACAUGAGAAUUUGAAUCAAUAUUAAAAGAGUAAAAAAUUACUGAAAAAGGAUUUUCCAAGAAUUUGAAUGGUUUCUAAUAGAAAGAGGGAAUGCUCUACAUAUUAGAAGAUGAAGAGAGAGUUCUGCACAUCAAACUCGAUGCAGAAAUCAAAUCAGAAAAUUAUCCAAUUUAUCUGGAAGAGGUAAAUUGAACUCUGUAGUUCAUAGACUGUAGACUCAGUAGACAGAUGUACUAAAAGAUCCAGUCUGUCUUUGAAAUCAUGGGGUGCUUUUUGUAACACUAGGUGUUUGCUCUAGGAUUUAUAAUAACCUUUUGUGGUUAUUGUGUGAUAUUAGGUGAGCUGUAAGUGUCUGCAUAUCAGUUUUGAUUAGUCAAGUCUUAAAAUAAUCUUUUCUGCAUUUGUCUUGAAUUGGUAAAUCAAUAAAUUACAUCUCUGUUGUCUUUACCAAAUACCAUUAUUAAUUCUCAAAGCUUCACUUCUAAAAAAAUUUGGAAGAAUAUUUAUCUUGAUCCUUAUUUAUCUAUAAAAAUAAGUUUUAUAAUCCUUAAAUAUUGCAUUAAUUUUUGUAAGGACAAAUUUCCGUAAUCAGUGAUAUCUUGGUACAGGUUGUCAAGAAUGUUCCCUGUCUGUUCAUUAUAAAUGGAAAAGACACCAGCACUAAAGAAAUCCUGUGCUUCUUGGCUAAAACGUGCCUUUUCAUCUCAGUGCCUUCUAAUAAUACAGGUUAGUUGGACAAUUAACACUAAGUCAUUGCCAAUAUUGUAUAAUGAAAAUACUCUUCAUUAAAAAUCCAGUGCAUAGUUAUUGCAUUCACUGCAUUCUUCAGUUCUGGGAUGAAAGCAAUUUUGGGGAUAAUUUCACUUUAAUUUGUUUAUAUUAUAGCUAGCUUUAAGGGGUUUGCUAUCUUUGGCAAACUGUUAAAAAUAUCUAUAUACCCAACAGGCAAAGGUCAAUCAUGUAAUAAAUAUUUUUCUGCUCUAAAUAACUUGUUCAUACUAGGCAUAAUCCUAUAAAUUUUUAAAAAGCUAAGCAGUAUUGAUUUCUUGUAUAUUAAUAUAUUAUUUUCCCCUUAAAAAUAAUAAAGUAUGUUUAUUUAAAAAAUCUUGUUGCCCUCUUUAUUGCCAUAUUGCUUUUGGGAUGCUAUGAAGUGGAAAGUCUUAUAUGAACAUCCUUAAAAUCAAAAGAGAAAAAUGUCACUUUCCAGAUAUAAAUACUUAGAAAUGUUUGUGUAACUUUUUAAGUAAUGAAAAUUUGAACUACUUUUGUGACUAGGCGGUCCGGCUUUGUUGUCUACAUUUAUUCUGAAUUGGUAUACGUUUGCAAUUUCUAUGACAGUCAAGAACCUUUUCUGUGGAAUGAAUAUGCCUUAUGGUUGAUAUCCCAGUAAACUGAUUUUGUCACAGUUUAUGAUAGUAUUUAUUAGUAACAGUUAAUGUAGAAUCAUUUUAUGGCAACAUUUUAAGGUACCACAGUUCUAAUAACACCUAUUAACACUGUACGCACAGCAGCUUCUUGUGCCAAUCUCAAAGGGGUGGAGUAACCAGGUAAAUAGAUGGAGUUUCUUUUUUGAGGCAGUAUGUAUAAGUGAAUCUUGUUAUUUAGAUUAAAAUUUUCAAAAAUUGCUAAGUAACUUGUUACCAUUUACAUUUUAUGUCCAAUUAUGCUGACUAUGAAAAUUUCAGCCAUCACACAGUUUUCAUAUUUAAUUAGGAAAUAGGUUCAAGUUAUAAAACAGUA